AUGAGCUUCUGCAAGGAUUGCGUCAGCGGCGUCCGCCAUGAGGGGACCGCGGAGGGCAAGAUCGAGAAGAUUGGCGGUGUCGAAUGCUAUGUUGCGACACCCUCCGUUGAUUACCCGAAGGACAAGGUUAUCCUGUUCCUUACGGACGUCUUCGGUAUCCCUCUCAACAACAACAAGCUGCUCGCCGAUGACUUCGCACGCAACGGCUUCAAGGUUGUCGUGCCCGACAUCCUCGCCGCCGACCCCAUCUCGGACGCGGACCUGAACAGCGGCAAAAUUGACUUCGCCGCGUGGUUCAGCAAGCACCCCGACGAGUCGUGGAAGAACCCCGUUGACGCGGUCGUCGCUGCGCUCAAGGAGCAGGGCGUGACCCGCUUCGGCACUACAGGCUAUUGCUUUGGUGCUCCCCCGGCGUUCUACCUCGCCCUCAAGAACGAGAGCCACGCCACGGUCGUCGCCCACCCGUCGCGCCUGAAGGUUCCCGAGGACCUCGAGAAAUACAAGGCCGAGUCCAAGGCCCCCCUGCUCAUCAACAGCUGCGAAGUUGACACGCAGUUCCCGAAGGAGUCGCAAGCCGUCGCCGACGAGAUCCUCGGUGAAGGAAAAUUCGCGCCUGGAUAUGUGAGGAACUACUACGACGGCUGCACACACGGUUUCGCCGUUCGCGGUGACCUGAGCAAUCCGAAGGUCAAGGCAGGCAAGGAGGGUGCGUUCACGUCGACCGUUGAGUUCUUCCUCAAGCACUUGUGA